UGCGCAUCGCCAUUGGUGGGGAACUUUCCUAGAGAGUCCGUUGGUGCGGACUCGUCCGUCGCAUCAGUCGCGUUCGGCCGCCUGCCGCGAGACGUGAAGUAUAAAUGAGUGCAGCUCGGGAGUUGCUCCAUCAUUCUGAGUCUUGUGCGAGUGACUGUCGUCUAAUAAAGUGCAGCUUCUGGUGUGCACGAGUGCGUCUAUCACGUUCUUCAUUCGAUUCGAGUCAUUCGUCGCUUAGGCUUCGACUAUCACCCCAGCCGUUCUACUAUUCCUCGUGGUACAAGCAAUAAUAUCGUUUCCCGCGCGCAGUGCGGAUUGGCUGGUAGCAGUAACUGUGAGGAGUGAGAGGAACAUCGAGGUAAAUCAACGCGCACAGUUUUAUUCGUGCUAGCGCCGUCAAGCAGAGAGGAUCAGAGGUGAGUGGAAGAGCAACAACGGUAGCGGUAGCCUUGCUAUAACGGAGGGCAGCAGUGUGAACACGCGGUGGAGAGGGAACAGAAGGAGCGAGAGAGAAGAGGUGGUUGUAGUCACCCGCCCGACCGACCGACCGACCGAGUUGUUUCAUUCAUAAAAAAGUUCUUUAUUACUCUCUGUGAGCGCAUGUGCUAUUCCACCACGGAGGAGGACCGAGUACUACUACUCCCCCGACCGGCUGUAGCGGCGUAACCACGUUUACACACGGCAUUAUUUACUACUGCGCGAGAUACGAAUCGGCGCCACACGCUGCACCGACAGCGUGGAGUACGGAUCGUUCUCUCUUUCUGCGUAAACGUAAACUAUCGUCGCAUAUCCUUUCGAGACGAGAUUCAUCUAUCGUCCUGAAGAUCUACGAUUUUGAAAUUGAUCAAAAUCGUCGGGGAGGAAGAGCAAUUUCGAGGGAGAUUCAGCGGUGCGAUUUGUGAUUCAUUGUCGGUGUCAUUCAUGGCUGCAGCGAUGCCACGCAACGAAACACCGCAGAGGACCGCCGGAAAGCGUCCAUUGCGAGCCUUAACCCCUCAGGAAAAACUGGACGCGAUUAAACGGGUGCACGAGGGGGAAUCUAAAGCGUCCGUGGCGCGAGACAUCGGGGUUCCCGAAUCCACUUUAAGAGGGUGGUGCAAAGCUGAGCACAAAAUUGUCAGCCAGGUCAACACCAUGAAGAACUCGGCUCAUUACGAGAGGCUAUCAUCACCCUCGGAGAGCGAUAGGAGCACGCCGGGAUCUUCGUCACGUCCCCCCUCUGCGAACUUGACUUCGGCGCCAUCAACAUCGAAAGAAUCGUCCGAAGAAGCGGAACCACCUGCCAAGCGAAUGAAGGUGGACACUACAGAUAUUCCGUCCACCUCGACAAGCGGGAUAUACUUCGAUACGACAGCGAAUCAACAUUUGUUUACGUCGUAUCUGUACGCCCUGAUACACUCACAGCCCGCUUUAAAAAAUGUUCUUUUGGAGCAACAGGCUCUGAUGAACAACAAAAGUUUGCUGUCCUCGAUAUCGCAUACCGCAAGUCUAGGUCUAGAUAGCGGAUUUUCUACAUCUGGAUAUUCGACCAACAAUGCGAUGUCACUGGCUACCAUGAUGGGCAAUUCGAUGCUUCCUCAGAGGGACCUAAAUGGAAAAAGAACGAGACAUCGCGCAUCAAAUGUGCCCUCAUUAGGGAGCUAUACCAGGACUGCUCCGAAAAGACAGAGCCUAUCUCCGAUCGAACGAGAAAAUAGUCUGUCAUUGAGUGUACCGUCAACUUCAUCCGGUAUUGUCAAUGGCAUCCACACGAUCGCAACACCAGCUAUGUCUAAGCCAGAUGGCAAGCACAUCAAUGACAUAGCUCAACAAUUGUUAAAACAAAAAGAAGAACAGCAACAACAACAACCACACUUACAGUCGCAACCACCACCACAAACACAACCAAACAACCUCUCGAGGAAUUCGGAGACUAUACUUUCCUCGUACUUCAACAACCGUCUUCAACCUAUGCGCAAUAUUCUGGAUGGACAACCUGUGCCGGGCAAUUCAGUGAACAACAAUAACAACAAUAUCCAUAAAAAUAAUAAUGACUCGACAAACUUUAAUCACCGCAAAUCAAAUUUUAUGGAUUACCUUCCGCCAGGGAUUCAUGAAGCGGCCGAUCAUGGGGCGAAAUUUGUUACAUGGUUGCGAAAACAUGGAUCCGUUUUUACAUUUCAACAGGUAAAACCAGUAGAAUCAAUUGUUGAACAAAUUGUUGCGUGGGCAAAACCCAAAGAAAUCAAAACGAACAACAAAUCAAAUUCUAUGAGCUAGCUAAAGCAACGUAGAAAAAGAUUUGUAAAAUAAAAUAGCCGGGUAAAAAUCUAACAGUUAAAUAAAUUUUCCGUACCAUAAUCUUCAAUAGCUGUAAAUCAACUUAUAACUCCAUAGUCCAUCAUUUCACUUCACCGAAAAUGUAUA